AAAUUAUUUGCUUGCUCUGUUUCAAAAACGCUACUUUCUUUCCUCUUCUUCAAAUUGGUUGGUCGAGUGGAGGAGUGAAAGGCAAAGCAAGGCGACUUUUUUACCCUUUGUGUCACUCUUUACUGGGAAAAGGAAUGGAAGGCGGAGGAGGGCAGCGGCGAGCGGAAGCGGAGAGUUCCUCCUCUUCCGUUGCUUCUGCCAGAUUCGAUCCCUCGCAGAGCAGCUACGAUUUGGGCGAAGAAGAGAGCAAGGUGGAGGAGAACGACGACGAAGUCGACGGAGACGAGGAAGCCGCCACCGCCGACGAUGGGUUCGUUCCCUCGCCACUGAUCCCCCUCAAGGAUCAGCUUGAGAAAGACAAGGAAGAUGAGAGUCUGAGAAGAUGGAAGGAAAAACUACUUGGCUGUGUGGAUGGAAACUUAAAUGGACAAAUCGAACCUGAAGUCAUAUUUCAUUCAAUAGGAGUCAUAUCUGAAGGAUAUUCUGAUGCUGUUACCUCCUUACCAAUCGCAGAAAACCAAAGCCGUGUACUUUUUACUCUAAAGGAGGGAUCAAAAUAUUGCUUUAAGUUAUUAUUCAGUGUUAAGCAUAAUAUUGUCUCUGGCCUGACUUACUCAAACAUAGUAUGGAAGAGAGGGCUUAAAGUGGAUCAAAGCAAGGGAAUGCUUGGUACGUUUGCUCCUCAACGUGAUCCCUAUGAGCAUUUGCUUGAGGAAGAAACUACUCCAUCUGGGGUGCUCGCUCGAGGAAUCUACUCUGCGAAACUCAAGUUUGAGGAUGAUGAUAAUAGAUGUCAUUUGGAGCUCGACUAUUCCUUUGAAAUCAAGAAGCGUUGAUAGUGUAUUUAUCUCGUACGAUAAACAUUACGAACUACAAUGAACCAUGUAUGGAGAUAUCUGACUGCCAAUUCAUUCCAGGAGAAGAUGUUUUAAUAGCUGAAAUCUGGAUUGAGACUCUUUAUGCUCGUCGUGUUAUGCAGGAUUUACUAUACUGUAGUGCAGCAGAUCACUGUGUCCUAACUUGGCUUGCAGUGUUUACUUGGGAAUGAGUUUUCUGUGUCCUAACUUGGCUUGCGGCCUGCUCAUCUGUUAGCCGCGAUUUCAUGACUUGCCCAUGAGCUUGUUGGAAUUUUUUCUCUCUUUC